GUUCCAUGUAGGCCAGUUGAGAAAGGCAUGGAGAUUUUGUUUCCUCUCGCACAGUACAGCCCUGCAUUAUAGAGUUUCUGGUCUUUUUGAUAAUACAUCCCUCCAUGAUGUCAAUAGGACCUUAACCAGGAGCACUGAAGCUGAAGCUGAAAGGGAAACUCGUCAAGUAUGGAAAAUUUCUGAAAGAUAUGAGAUAGACCCAGAAGACUAGACAGAGACUCAGCCAGAAAGCUGGGUCUUUCAGAGGUGAAAGUAGCUUCAUGCAGCCGGCAUAGAUCUGGGGCCAGUACCUGUGUCUGACGGUCUGCGUGUCAGGGAGAGCUGCUGCUCAUGGACACAAGUUGCAUCAUCAACUGAUUCCCUAGGGUCAUGUCAGUAACAGCCUCUGUGAGAGACUCUGCCUCCUUCCUGUCUUCUCUGAUGAAACUCCAUGUGGUUUUGUAUGAGGCUAGGAGGGUGCUUCAGACCUGGGCUCCCCAGAUGAAGAGUUUGAGGCUGGGGCUAGUGACAGGUCAUUCGUGUGUCAGGUUGGGGACCAUGUUGCUCUUGGGGAUAAUUUUUCUCCCGAGCAUAUACUGUGACAUGGCCUCGGUAUAUUACUCUUCCCAUGAAAUAUUCAUCCCAAAGCGGCUGAUGGUCAGGGGAAGUGAAGACGCAGCGGAAAAGGCAACCUAUUUGCUACUUAUGCAAGGCCAGAAACACUUGGUUCACCUGAAGGUGAAGAGAAGUCAUUUUGUGAAUAACUUUCCAGUCUACAGUUACCACAAUGGCAUCCUGGGGCAAGAAGUACCUUUCAUCUCACAUGACUGCCACUAUGAAGGCUACAUAGAAGGAGUGUCAGGUUCUUUUGUUUCUGUCAACAUCUGUGCAGGUCUCAGGGGCAUCCUGAUUAAGGAGGAAAAAUCUUACAGCAUUGAGCCCAUGGACUCUUCAAGACGGUUUGAACAUGUGUUAUACACCAUGGCACAUCAAGCGCGAGUCUCCUGUGGUGUCACUUCCAGAGACAGCCAUGUGGUGUCUGCUAGCUGGCAACAAGGGAGCAGGAAGCUCCAUGAUCUACAGGCGCUGUCCUACUUGUGGUCACACAAAAAGUACGUGGAGAUGUUUGUCGUGGUCAACAACCAGCGGUUCCAGAUGUGGGGCAGUAACGUCAAUGAGACGGUCCAGAGAGUAGUGGAUGUCAUUGCUCUGGCCAACAGCUUCACUAGGGGAAUAAAUACAAGGGUGGUGCUGGCCGGAAUGGAGAUUUGGACCGAGGGGGACCUAAUAGAUGUCACAGUGGACUUGCAAAUCACACUCAGGAAUUUCAAUCACUGGAGACAAGAGAUGCUCUUCCAUCGCGCAAAGCACGAUGUUGCCCACAUGAUCGUUGGGCAUCACCCUGGACAGAAAAUGGGCCAGGCCUUUCUCAGUGGUGCCUGCUCAAGCGGUUUUGCAGCAGCUGUUGAAUCCUUCCAUCAUGAAGAUGUGCUGUUGUUUGCAGCCCUGAUGGUCCAUGAGCUCGGGCACAACCUGGGUAUUCAGCACGACCACUCGGCCUGCUUUUGUAAAGAUAAGCACUUUUGCCUCAUGCAUGAAAAUAUCACAAAAGAAAGUGGCUUCAGCAACUGCAGCUCUGACUACUUCUACCAGUUCCUUCGAGAACACAAAGGGGCCUGCCUAUUUAACAAGCCAUGGCCCAGGGGCCGCAAGCGUAGGGAUUCUGCCUGUGGAAAUGGCGUGGUGGAGGACACGGAGCAGUGUGACUGUGGUUCUCUAUGUCAGCGUCACCCAUGUUGUGAUGAAAACUGUAUACUGAAGGCGAAAGCAGAGUGCAGUGAUGGUCCAUGUUGUCAUAAGUGUAAAUUUCAACGUAAGGGAUAUCCUUGCCGUCCUUCUAGUCGUUCCUGUGAUCUCCCAGAAUUUUGCAAUGGUACAUCUGCAUUAUGCCCCGACAACAGGCAUAAGCAAGAUGGCUCAAAAUGUCAUAAAAUUUACGAGUGCCUUAAAGGUCAUUGUAUGGACCCUAAUAAUCAGUGCUUAGAAUUAUUUGGAUAUGGUGCAAAAUCAGCCUCACAAGAGUGUUACAAUUCAAUGAACAGCAAAGGGGACCGAUUUGGAAACUGUGGCAUUUCUACCAGUCCUAGGUCACAAUAUGUUCGGUGUUCAGAUGGUAAUAUAUUUUGUGGGAAACUUAUAUGUUCAGGUAUUAUAGGCUUACCAAAAAUCAAUCUCCAACAUACAGUGAUUCAGGUCCCUCAGGGAGAUGGCUCAUGUUGGAGCAUGGAUGCCUAUACGAGUACUGACAUUCCUGAUGAGGGAGAUGUGCACAAUGGCACUUACUGUGCACCAAACAAAGUCUGCCUAAAUUCCGCCUGCACAGAUAAAACCCCAGUGAUUUUUGCCUGCAACCCAGAAAAAACGUGUAAUGGGAAGGGAGUUUGUAAUGAUUUAGGGCACUGCCACUGUAAUGAAGGGCAUGCCCCCCCUGACUGUGUUACUGCAGGAGGUGGAGGUAGUGUGGACAGUGGCCCUCCUGGUAAGCCAAGUGGGACAACUUCAGGAGAAGGUGAAAAUCACAAUAUGACUCAUUCCAAACGUGAAGAACGUGCUGUAAACAUGAUGAUAUUAUCAUUCAUUAUACUUUUUAUAAUAUUAUUAUUAAGUACAAUUAUUUGCUUGCUCUGCUUGCUUAAAAAAUCACCAGAGGCUGCCCCAGCAGAAGCUCCUCCAGCAGAGGCUCUACCACCGGCCCCAGAAAUAAAGCCAGAAGCAGCAGAAGUGGCCACAGAAGAAAAAGAAGAAAAAGAAGAGGAAGAGGAAGAGGAAGAAGAAAAAGAAGAGGAAGAGGAAGAAGAAGAAGAAGAGGAGGAGGAAGAAGAGGAGGAAGAAUCAGAUUCCUAAGGUUAGAAAUAGGGAGAUGAAGCCAAGUAUAUCAAACUCCUCAAGCACUGAGUAGGAAUGAGAUGUUUGGUGAAGUAGAAAUAGAUAGCUUUAGUGGCUCUGACUCAGAUAUACUAAUGUAGAAGGAAGGAUUCUUUCACUUUUAUUAUUCAUUUUAGUAAUUAAAUUUACAUUAAUUUAAUAUGUUAAAUAUUUUAGUACCUUUUGCUUUUUCACAUUUGAACCAUUAACAUGCAUCUUUGGACAUCAAUGUCCUUGUCUUUUUGGGCCAAUUGUUUUAGUCACCAGAAACUUUUUCAGGACAUGCUAUCUUCUAUUUGUUUGACAUACAGAAUCAUAUGUACCUGAAUUUAUUACUAUCUCUGGGAUUUUCAUUUUAAGUAACAACUACCUAUUAUGUGAGGACAGUUGUUUACGUGACUGGUUGUUCUAACUUGCCCUAUAAAUGUGCAUUCAUCAAAGGAGGAGUUUUUAAAUCCAAAAACAAAUAAAACCUUAUUCAUAUUAGACAACG